GUCACGUCAGGCCUGGCUAGCUUGGCGGGGAGGACAUACCAGACCAUGACCACAGCGGCAGACCCUCCGCCCAUGGGUCCAUUGCAGCGGGCUUACAGCCUGAGAGACACCGCUGACGCUCCUAAGGCAGCUGACCCUCUCGAUGAGUCCAAGCACUUGGACCACAUUCCGGAAGACUCGCUCGCUGAAGAUGUUACGGGCUCCAGUGUCGCGGCCAUCUCCAGCUUCCUGCAGUCGACCCAGGUGCGAGGUUACGAGUUUUGUCCGAGCAGGCUGGUGCAGUAG